CUUGUUCUUCUUUGCUCUCUAAGGUAGACCUGGCACUGGCAGCAAACUAGUUGGGAGAAGAUGGCGCUAUGGAGCGGCGUGGGUCAGGCGGCGAGCAUGGCGCAGCUCGCCGGGGUGGAUGCGUAUGGGCUCAUCAACAUGAUCGUGGAGGCUGUGCAGACUGUUAAAAGGAACCGGGAGACCUGCCAGCUGCUAGCGCGGCGCGUGAAGAUGAUUGGGGACCUUCUGCAGCAGCUCGAAAGCACGCAGCUGAUGCAGCACCACGAGACGAGGAACCCCGUGGAGCAGCUGGAGGAGACCCUCCGCCAUACAUACAUGCUCAUCACAUCCUCUCAGGACAGCGGCUACCUAUACAGCUGCUUCAUGGGGGGCAAGCAGGCUGACAAGCUCCGUGAGGUGCAGAACGAUAUCACCUUCUACCUCCAGCUCUUCCCCCUUGUCAGCUUCGUCGACACCAGCCGUACCUUUGAGCAGCUUCUGAACAGAGCCCGCCCUUUAGGCACACAGUACUACAUCAGGCUCAGAAGGGAGGCCCUCCAGGCAACUGAAUUAGAAGAUCCGGAAACUUAUCUUCCUUCAAAAUUUGAGGAGGAUCAAGAAACAAGUAAAGUUAAGAAUAUGGAAGAAUUGGCAAAUCUCUUCGGUGUUGAAAAAGGAGCAGGGUUGUCAUAUUUUAGUUUAUCUCAGAUACUGGCUGCUACUGACAAUUUAUCAUGGAGAAACAUGGUUGGACAUGGUGGAUUUGGCUAUACUUACAAGGGCAAACUUCUUAAUGGUCUUGAGAUUGCUGUCAAAAGACAUGAGAUAUCUUCAUAUCAAGGUCCAGCAGAGUUCAGAGCCGAGAUUGAAAUCAUUCAAAAUCUUCGACAUAAAAAUAUAAUCACGCUACUUGGCUAUUGUGUUCAGCAAGAAGAAAAGAUACUUGUCUAUGAAUAUAUGCCAAAUAAAAGCUUGGCGUGUAUCAUUGCUGAUGAAUCAAAAAGAAAAUUUCUUAAUUGGUCUAAGCGUCUUCAAAUAAUAAAAGGGAUAGCGGAUGGUAUUCUCUAUCUGCAUGUGCAUUCUCAGAUGUGCAUUGUGCACAAGGAUUUAAAAGCAAGUAAUAUCCUGUUGGACCGUGAAAUGAACGCUAAAAUUUCUGAUUUUGGUCUGGCUAGAAAAUUAACUCCAAGUAUGACUGCAGAAGUGCUCGUUUGUGGCACAUAUGCCUAUGCAGAUCCUGAAUAUGUUGCUACUGGAAUGAUAUCGGACAAGACAGAUGUAUACAGCUUUGGCGUUGUACUUCUUGAGAUUAUAGCUGGAAAGUUGUCUCGGUUUUAUAUGCAGAGCGCAUCUCUAGGAUCUCUUCCUGAUUAUGCACGCAGGCAUCGAAAGAAGUUGCACAAGCUUAUGGAUCCGUUAUUAGCUGCUAAGAAGAAUGAGAAAGCACAGAUUAUGGAAUGCAUUAAGAUAGCGCUGAUGUGCGUUCACCAUCGUGUCGAAGAUCGGCCCUCUAUGUCGGAAGUUGUUGUCAUGCUUUGCAGCAUCAAGUGUGCCAGAUGAACCACCAGUCUGGUGCCACUUUGUAAUAAGGUGCUCUAGCUGAUAGAAGAUGGCCAAAGAGUACAAACAUCAUGGGGACAACUCAUAUAAUAUAUGCUCUUUAGCAGCAAUCUCGCCAGAUGAACAUUUAAAAGUCUCUAUAAAGAUUUUGUUUUAGAAGACAUAGUUGAGUCUACCUUGUCAC